UAUGCUAGCCCGCUAUGCUAGUGAAGUUUAUUUUGCAUUUAAGGUUAGCUGCAGUUAAGGUUCCUCUCUUUAUUGUCUCGUCACUGCAUCAAAAUAAAAUAGAAAACGUUCUACAUGAAGGGUUGAUGGAGAACUCAAGAGAUUUGGCGGAACGGUCCGCUCGUUCAGAGAGGAAGAGACGGGACUCGUUUGGGAUGUUCGACGGCUACGACAGCUGCAGCGAGAACUCCAGCAGCAGCUCCAGCUCGGAGGACAGUGAUGAGGAGGUCCCCUCCCUCCCUGCCAGCCUUCCCAUCAUCAAGACCAAUGGCCAGGUGUACACCUACCCGGAUGGGAAGGCGGGGAUGGCCACCUGCGAGAUGUGUGGGAUGGUGGGCGUGAGAGAUGCCUUCUACUCCAAAACCAAGCGCUUCUGCAGUGUGUCCUGCUCACGGAGCUUCUCAUCCAACUCGAAAAAAGCCAGUAUACUGGCCAGACUGCAGGGUAAACCACCGACAAAAAAGGCCAAAGUAUUACAGAAACAGCCUUUAAUGGCCAAGCUGGCUGCCUAUGCCCAGUACCAAGCCAAUCAGCAGAAUCAAGUCAAGUCCAAAUCAGUGAUUCCAGUGGAAGGCUUUGAUUGGGGACGCUACAUAGGCGCUGGGGACGUCAACGGGGCUCCCGUCAGCUGUUUCAAACAUGUUCCCAUGGGAACGUCUUGGGGUGACAUUGCGGAAGGGGUGAGGGUAGAGGUUCCCAACACAGACAGUGGGCUGCCAAUGACGGUGUACUGGAUAGCAACAGUUAUCAAAUUAGCAGGCUUCAAGGCACUGUUACGUUAUGAGGGGUUUGAUGGAGACUCUGGCCGGGAUUUCUGGUGUAACCUCUGUGUACCUGGCAUCCACCCUGUUGGUUGGUGUGCAGCCGGAGGAAAGCCCCUGGUUCCUCCCAAAUCCAUUCAGCACAAGUACCCCAACUGGAAAGCAUUUCUUGUAAAACGCCUAACAGGAGCCAAGACCCUCCCCCCGGAUUUCUCUAACAAGGUGCAGCAGAGCAUGCAGUUCCCCUUCAAGAAGCUGAUGCGAGUGGAGGUGGUGGACAAGACCCACCUGUGCCGGACACGGGUGGCCCUGGUGGAGCAGGUCAUUGGGGGUCGGCUUCGGCUGGUCUACGAGGAGUGCUCGGACGGCUCGGAUGACUUCUGGUGCCACAUGAACAGCCCGCUGAUACACAGUAUUGGCUGGUCCCGCAGCAUCGGACACCGCUUCAAGAGAUCUGAUGUGUCAAAGAAACUUGAUGGCCAAGUAGAUGCUCCAGGACAACUUUUUACAAAGGUGAAGGAUGUUGACCAGAGCGGGGAGUGGUUUAAAGACGGCAUGAAGCUAGAGGCUAUCGACCCUCUGAAUCUGUCUGCUAUUUGCGUUGCUACUGUCAGAAAGGUCUUAGCGGAUGGAUACCUCAUGAUCGGAAUCGACGGUUCUGAGGCAGCUGACGGUUCCGACUGGUUCUGCUAUCACUCCACCUCUCCCUCAAUCUUUCCUGCUGGAUUCUGUGAAAUCAACACAAUCGAACUGACCCCUCCUCGCGGGUACACAAAAGUCCCAUUCAGAUGGUUUGACUACCUCAGGGAAACGGGCUCAGUGGCGGCACCGGUGAAGCUCUUUAACAAGGAGGUUCCAAACCAUGGGUUCCGCCCAGGCAUGAAGCUGGAGGCCGUGGACCUAAUGGAGCCCCGUCUGGUGUGUGUUGCCACGGUGACGCGUAUCGUACAUAGACUGCUGCGCAUCCAUUUCGACGGCUGGGAGGACGAGUAUGAUCAGUGGGUGGACUGUGAAUCGCCCGACCUCUACCCAGUGGGCUGGUGUCAGUUGACUGGCUACCAGCUGCAGCCACCAGCGGUGCUGACCUCUAGAGAGCUCCCUUCUAGUGUGACAAAGCAGAAGAAGAAAUCCCAGCAGUACAAAGGCCAAAAGAAAAAGAGGAAAAUCCCAAUUGGCAAGAGGUCAGUGAGUCUGUCGGUGGUGGCGUUGAGUGGAGUGCCCCAGAGAAGCCUGUCCGGCGAUGAGAACAUGACCCCACCGGACUACCCCUCUCCUCCCACGCCAGCAUCUGCCUCGGCCAUCACCAAGCCUCCCUCCGCAGUCCAGGAACUCGGCCUCGGUGGAAAGCCCGGAGUGACGACACUGCAGCUGAAAGAAGAGGUCCAUGAGGCGGAUGAGUUCACCUUCCCGCCGGGCACCGCCUCCGUCCUGGAGACAAAUGGUGUCGGCGACAGCCGCCACAUCAAGCAGGAGCCCUAAGGCUCCAGAGGGGCACUGCUGCACCCACCCACCCACCAACAGAGGGCCAGCCUGGGGGAAGAUGGAGACAGUCCUCCCGCUCCGCAGAACCAGAGACUGAGCCCUGGGUGGAACGUCCACAACAUUAACAUGGAUGGUUACUAGUGGGCUCCACGCUGUGCCCUUGUAGCGACUCAGGACAGAGAGGCUAGAGGUGCGGUUCCAAACAGACAAAGCCAACCCGGAUAAAGGUGGAGGAUAAACGAGGGGAGGUGCGUGAAUGACAAUAGAUUUUUUUGUACUUAAAAAAUAACAAACAUGUUUUUGUAUGACUUUUUGUUUAUCUCUCAUAUCAGUAAUUAUUUUGAGGGAGGGUAGUCUUUUGACGGAUUUACAAUGUGAUGUUUGUAAGUAAAAACUGUUAUUCCAGAAAUAGGAAGAGAAAAAACACAGGGUGUACUACACGUGUAAUGAAGGUUUUGAAUGGACUAAACCUUGCUGGUAUAAAACAAUCCGUCAAAAUUUGAGUACUCGAGUACUCAAUGCAUCAGAUUCAUACCAGCACCACACAAUUAACUUUCAGCCACCUCUCACAGUCUCUGUAUCUCAUGUUCCAUUUUUGUCGGCCAAACAUGGCAGACAGUCAUCAAUGGGACGGUAUUAAGUUCCCAAAUCUCCAGUUGAACCUUCUCCUCACUAUAAAGCCCAUGCCUUAAAGUAUGUUCAAACAAAAAUCCUACUUCACUAGGCCAGGCCAUUGCAGACAAGUUGUUGCCAAUUCUCCAAAAUUAUAUUAUAUGAAAAACAGGUUAUUCACUUUGUGGAAAUAUUUAGUUCUAUCACAUUAUAUUACAAAAUGAUAUGCAAGCCUUGACUCGUACAUGAAAAUUUUUUGAAAAAAUGGUCUGUAAUUUAUGAGUAGCAUUGUUCUACAUGCAAAUGUGUCGUAUUUCAGAGCAGAACUUAAUAUGAAUAGAGGCCGCAUUCAACUGAGUCACUUGCAAUAGUUGUGCUGUUGAUCGCCAUUGUCAAUAUUUCACUUAAUUACUGACAACAAUAUCAGAUCUAAUGUAAAUAAGGAUUUUACUGCCUUUUAAAACAAACAAAAAUGUCCAAAAUCACAUGUUCUCACUACCUCUUUUAGAACUUUAAUGUAGUAGGUUUUGGUCAAACUACACGUGGACGUGGUUGUCAUGAGAGUUUCACCGCGAUGUGUGCAUGUUUGCCAUUUCCUAGUAUGUGAUCGGUAGGCCUGGAAUACAUUAUCAAACCCACUGAACUCCAAACAUUUUAUUCAAAGGCCAUUCCAGGCUGCCCCUGCAUUGGGAGAUGAAUGUCAAGAUAUUGAUUUAUAUAAAAAUAAAUAUAUAUACAUAUAUAUAUACAUACAGAUUGCAUUGAAUAUGUAUUUAUGAACAUUGAUCACAGUAUAUAACAGAGCAAUUUAACAUGAGUGGUUUUAUUGUGUCAAACAAAACCUUCAAGAUGGAUAAUGCUCAUAGUGAUCUAUAAUAGUACAUAUAAUUACCCACACCAACCUAACCUUCAAGAUGGAUAAUGCUCCAUAGUGACCUAUAAUAGUACAUAUAAUUACCUACACCAACCACACCAACCUAACCUUCAAGAUGGAUAAUGCUCAUAGUGAUCUAUAAUAGUACAUAUAAUUACCCACACCAACCUAACCUUCAAAAUGGAUAAUGCUCCAUAGUGACCUAUAAUAGUACAUAUAAUUACCUACACCAACCACACCAACCUAACCUUCAAGAUGGAUAAUGCUCAUAGUGAUCUAUAAUAGUACAUAUAAUUAUCUACACCAACCAAACCUUCAAGAUGGAUAAUGCUCCAUAGUGAUCUAUAAUAGUACAUAUAAUUACCUACAGCAACCUAUCUAAACCAUCCGCUUAGUGUAGACGUUCUGCUGAUGGUGAAACGCUAAUAUGGUAUAUGUUUCUCGGGACAGUUAUAGCUACUAUAAAAUCCGUAGUACUGGUAAUUAUAAGGGUAAUAUAUAUGAAUCUAAAGGUCACAUUUUACACACACAACGUUUUACUUUGAAUCAACAAACAGAGCAAGUAGCUUUACAAAAAAGAUGGGAAAAACUAAAUCUAAAGAAAUAAACCAAACAUAUAGGCAUUGUGAUCUAGUCAGGAAUCCAAGUAAUAUGUAUUUUUUUAUUAUUAUUUAUUUUACAGAACGAAUUGUCAUCUAUUUAGUGAUAAUUCCAUUCAGUUUAUGGUUGACCUGGAUUUUUGCCAGCUCUAUGUCCAGCUCCACUCUGACUUGUAUGAAAUACAGACUGCACUCCAUGGUCUCACUUCACAUACCAGUAAGGUUAACAGUUAACUCUCAGGAACUCAUAGUGUAUUGUAUUAUAGGCCUCUUCGUUGUUAUGAUUACUGAAACGGCGUCGUCAUUUGCUGUGGGCAUGAAAACAGGCUUCAGAGAUUAAUGUGGUUAUUAACAGAACGUGUUAGUCCAAGGUCCGUUUUGAAGUCUGUCUGUCACACGACACAAUCUCACUUAUAUAAAGACAUAUCUGAUUGUGAUAAAUUGUCUUUUUAAAGCCGAUCUGUCCUAUUCUGUCUGUAGCAAGAUUACUCAUCUGUACGUUGCUGUAUGAUAACGUGUAAGUGUUUGUUUUUACUUUUUUGGUAAGUGUUCAGUUGAAUGUUGCUUUGUCGAUUGCCUUAACUAUGUCACUGUUAUGUCGUAUGUUUCAAUGUCUUGUCCUUUGAAUAGCACUCAAUGUAGUAAUACAGUAUCAAUGAAAUUGUAUGUUUUUUGUGUGCAUUUGCUGGUGUGAACCAGCCUAGGUGACCAUAGCAAUGCCAAAAAAUUCCUAAGGUCACAGCCUAGCAAUAAUGUCUUAGCACAGCGUUCUCCGCACGUUACGUUUCACUCAAAACGUCAUCAUAAUGAACAAGGUUUUUCAUACAUUCCCAAAGGACAAAGUGAAAUUGUGACUCACAAUAAAGGGAACUAACGAAGAAAAAUGCACUGACGACUGAAAUGAAACAACUGCGGGUUUUACUGUGAGGUUUUCACAACUGCUAAACAACUUCAAAUGAGUCCUAAAAGAAACCCACCACGGAGACCAACUGAAGUUGCUCAGAAAGGACAAGCCCACACCAACUGAGGGAGUAGACACAAAGUAGAGGCAACCAAACAGGCAUAAACAACUGUUUUGGGCUCGUUGGACAGCAAAGGGACCAACUCGUACUGUCUUCUCCUUAUAGGAGCACCAGCUAGCCGCAAAGGUGGAAGACAUCCCUAACUAACCAAGAGACCAAUCACUUGCUCACCCACAAGCUAACACAUCUAAAACCAACCAAUCUCGAAAUGGAGAUCCACCAUAGAGAAGGAUAGAGGAAACGUUUCAUGAUGCAGUCUGUGUGGGCCAUAGAGAUGGAAAGAUGUAUGUGAAUCAGUGCUUUUUCCAUGUUGAAGUAGUCAGGUUUCAGCAUUAAUAAUUGGCUGAGCGCUCCUGAUGCCCUGGGUUGGAGUUACAUGGACAUUUUAGUACUUGAGCUUAGUUACUCACUCAUCCAUUUUAACAGUAAAACUGUGUUGUCUCAUGAGUUUUCUCAAGGACCCCCAGUGGAUAGACUUAAGUACCCCCGGGGUCCUGGUUAGGGUGUGCGUUGAACAUUUAUUUUGUUAUUGGAAUAGGAUCCGGGUUUUCUAAAUACUAUUUAUUUAUUUUUUUUUACUUUACAGGUGUCUUGUUAACCUGAGCACUACUACAUAGUGUACAAAGGAUUCUGUGUGUUGUGUGAGAAAGGAGCAAGCAGUAGUAACCACCCCAAAAUUGGCUACAGAACAUUAAGCCAUUAUUUAUCAACUCAUAACCUUGUAUGGAAAAGCCUAGAGAAGCUGGCUAGUUAAGAUAGCCAGCAAUAUGCUUUUGGCUUAUUUUACCAUGUUCUGUACAUUUUUCCCAAUCAAAUUCAGAUUCAACAACAGCUUUAAUGCUAUUAGGUAUCUUUUUGCAGCCAAAUAAUUUUCGUCUUUUACAUCAUUCUGUAAAUGCAUUCCAUCUUCCCUUUAAUUAGUGAACUGUCAUGCACUUGCUAACAGCCAUGGCCCCUGUGACAGUCCAUCCAACCAGGUUAUUAGGACAGUUCGGCCAAUGACCAACCAGUUUAUUAGGACAGUUCGGCCAAUGAAGUUACUCCCAGUAAAUGAAAUUACAAAGGCAUGUAACAUUGCCAAUAUCCUUGUCCAUACUAGAACAAGUUUGCUCCCAGUCUUCUAACAAUCUCUAUGUUGAGAGCAUGGGUAUUGCUCUUUCAACUGGGUUGUCCGUCCAUCUUCAUGUUUGUUUGUUGUUCCUAAUAAUAUGGCAGUAAAAUGUCUAAGUGAAUAACAUAUACAAACAUGUAUGUAGAAAUAUUUUUAUAUUUUUUUAGGAACAGACAAUAUACAAAUAUCUAAAUAUUAAAAAAACAGGAGAAUAAAAAUGUAGGUAAUAGGCGCUUAGAUAACAUGGACCAUGUUAUGUGUAUAGCCAUGUGAGAUUGUGCUGUAUACCAAGCUAAUAUUGCCUUUUGGCUACUUGAGGUUUCUAUCCUUCUCUAUCCAUGAGAAAGACCGAAAUCCAUACAUAACAUUUUUACAAGGAAUACACUUGCUAAAUAUAACCUAGUGCAAGUUGAAAAGGCCCCCUCACUUUUAUCAACCCUAUCUGGUUUGAAGUAUUCAGUGAUCAUAAAACUUUUGCUCUACUGUCAUUCAAACCUCUGACUGCAUCAAAGACCGAAUGGUGUGUAUAUAUACAUCACAUUGUGUUAAUGGCAUGACUGUUUUGAGGCAAAAAAAACAAAGCUUGUCUCUCUCGCCCUUGUGACACAUUAUAGACAUGAGAAUUCAUGGUAUUUUGAGGGGGGGAAACAAGAUGCACCAAAGGACUCUAUGGGGCUGCACACUUCUCUGAUCAUGAGAUGUUGAUUGAUUUUAAAUGCAUUAUUUCAAUAUUAUAAUCAAUAUAAAAGAUGAAGCGAGAGUGUGCGUGCGUGUGCAUUCCCUCAAACUGUGCUUGCAGCGGUGUGAACAUCAUGUCCUGUUGUGCUUUUAGGCUUAACUAGGUCUUGAUUUAGGAAUUACCGUUGGUCUUUAUACAUUAACGCAGGUCUGUCGGUUUGUACGUGUUGGUCGUUCCUUAUGUAAUACCCCAUCACUGUUUUGUCUUUGUAUUCUGGUGCUAUAUAUAUAUAUAUAUAUAUAUAUUUGAUAAAGUGAUAAACCUUUUAAGAAUGGAAUGAUUAUUAAGAAAAACUGUGACCAUGGUUGAGAAAUGUGGUUCUCUUCACGUAUUCUUGUAUUUUGUAUACAACUACAAUGAAAGAUUUGUAUGAAAUUUAAAUUAAAUUUUGCAUGGCACUUGUGUGAAUAAUGGGGUUUUGUACGUUUUCUGUUUGUUUUAAAUAGUUCAAGUAAAUUGUUUUGGUUCCUUGAUUGUCAUGGUAAGUGUGCUGUGAACACGAAGUUUGUUACGCUAUAUCAGAUGUACAAAAAAAAUGAUAUUUAGAUGUUUUCUUUCAUUUAAACAAAAUAUGAAUUUUGCAGCAUGU